UACGCGCACUUUGAAUGUUUGGGAAAUGAGGUGAAUAUUUUGAUACGAUAUGAUGAAAAUGCCUGUCUUGGAGAACGGAAAAACGGAAACAGAGGAAGAAGAAAUGGAGCAAGAAACCCCGGGAAGCAACAACAGUUCUGAUGAUGACUCAGAAAUGGGUUCAGAGGAAGAAGAUGGUUCAGAACUUGAUGAAGAAGAAUGUGAAAGAAGAAAAACAGAAUGCCUAGAUGAUAUGGCAGACCUAGAAAAACAGUUCUCAGAUUUAAAAGAAGUGCUUUACAAGGAGAGAAUGGGUCAAAUUGAACAUAAACUGGAGGAAGUUAAAGCAGGCAGGGCCCUGGAAUACCUCAGUCCUCUGGCACAACUACAGGAAAACAUGAGGAUUAGAACAGAAGUAGCAGGAAUCUUAAGGGAAUUCAGGAUAGACAGUAUUCAAAAUAAAUUUGAAAGUGAGGUUUUAGCUGCACAGCAAAAUUUAGAGAGUGAAAAGGAACUUUUAUAUGAUAGUGUCAAAGGUGAACUUGAGGAUAGAAUCCGCCGACUAGAAGAAGAUAGACAUAAUAUAGAUAUAUCUUCAGAUCUCUGGGAUGAAACACAAACAAUGAGUAAGAGUAAAAAGAAAAUAGACGGUACUUCUUCAGAACGAAGGAAAAAACCUGUUUCUGUGUCAGGGCCCUAUAUAGUAUACAUGUUAAAGGAUGUAGAAAUUAUAGAAGACUGGACAGCAAUUAAAAAGGCACUCAAACAGAAAAGGAAGUCAGAGUAUGAUUUCUGCUGAAGCUGGAACUUCUAAAUGUGCAAUGUUUAUGUGGUGCUUCUAAAGCAGACAGUCACUGCCAGCUGUCCGUAGCCUCGGUGUUCAGGUGUCAAGGACAUCUCCAAGACAACACAAGACUUGUGCUUGCCAGUAACUUGUUAAGCAGCUGACCAUGUAAAUCCAGGUGUGGGUGAAGAAUCUGAUGAAUUAUACCCACAUUUUUGGCAAGCUACACUAGAUAUGUGUUUUCAUGGAUGUGAGAGACUCUGUUUUCUGUUACAUUAAUAUUGAUUGUGCAUGCCAAAAUAAACUAUUAUUCAAUACAGUGUGUUAUAAAAAACAAAUUUGUAUACUUGAAAAAUCUAGAUUUUGUUUAGAUUUUUAAUCAAAAAAAUAGAAUAUUUUAUAAUCUGCUUUUAUAGCCCAAUUUGGGUGACCAUCUGUAGGUUUUUCCAAUCUAACAAUUGGAGCUACCCAGUUCUCUUAUACUCAACCUCUCCUAUACAGUGAAUAAGAUUCCCAGAAUAUUUGUCACCUAGUGUCAUUGUGAACCUCCUGUUUUUCUUUUCCAUCGAAUAUCUACUUCAUACAUAAACUCUUAUUUUGAAAUACAAUAAAGAUAGAGAUAGACAAUCCACUUGCAAAUUAUCAAUUGUUUUUGACAAUUUGU